CGCAGAGUCCCCAGCGGCGCUGUGGCUAAUGAAGAAUAAUAAAUCAUGAAAGGUUUUUCAGGUACAGCCGAGAGAGUGUGUAAGAGGAGAGGGAGUGAGAGAAUGGGUGAGCAAGAGAGAGAGAACGGGAGACGCAGCCUGCCCUUCGCCUUAGAGCACAGACAGAUCGAGUCCCCGCAGCAUUGAAAGUAGUCGACUGUCACCUUUAUCUCAUAAUCAAACUCAGCAAGAAUCGGGAUAAAGGUUAACGAGCGAGAUCGUCGUUCUGGAACCGGCACGAAGAGAAGAGAGAAGAAACUUCUGCAUUCGUUUUAAAAGUGUGCGCAAAAACAAACUCACCAAAGGCAUCAGCUUCCGCACGAGACAAACGCACGAUAUUUUGUAAAGGCGGAGGAAAAUUUCUGCAGAGCGUUUUGGCAAGAGUUGACGUGAUCUUUGAAGGAGUUUACCGACAGGUUGCAUGGCUUACUGGUGCUCGACGCACGUCUCUAGCCACGGCGCGCGACGGAGCGAGCAGGAGAUCGUUCUCUCAGACCACUAGAUGAGCUAUCAAGAGACUUGGUGCAUCAUCCUCCUCUUCACGUUCGUUGCAACGCCAGAGACUUGAGAUUUCCGCGCAGCGACUGGGCUUGAACUCCAGUCGAAGAACAAGAAGAAGGCGGAGUCUUAAGUUAUUAAAAGGAACUCGCCGAGGCUCGGUAGCAAACAUGAUGAUGAUGUCUCUGAACAGCAAGCAGGCGUUCGCCAUGCCCCACACCAGUCUGGCCGAGGCCAAAUACUCCAGUUUGCAUUCUGCGUCCUCUUCUUCCACUUUGACUUCCAACGCGCCCUCGUCCUCCUGCUCGUCGUCCAGACACAGCAGCACGAUCAGCAGCGGCGGUUCGGAGGCGAUGCGCCGAGCAUGUCUCCCAACCCCACCGAGCAAUAUAUUCGGCGGAUUGGAUGAGAGUUUGUUGGCCCGCGCGGAAGCUCUGGCGGCGGUGGAUAUAGUCUCGCAGACCAAAAGCCAUCAUCACCCUCCUCAUCACAGCCCCUUCAAGCCGGACGCAACCUACCACACCAUGAACACGCUUCCGUGCACCUCGUCGUCCUCCUCGUCGUCAUCCGUGCCCAUCUCGCACCCUUCAGCUCUGGCGAGCCAUCACCACCACCACCACCAUCACCACCACCACCAGCCGCACCAGGCACUGGAGGGCGACCUGCUGGACCACAUCACCCCAGGACUGGCACUUGCUGGAGCCAUGGCCGGGCCAGACGGCUCGGUGGUCUCCACGCCUACGCACCCAGCUCACAUGGCAGGCAUGAACCACAUGCACCAAGCUGCCAUCAACAUGGCUCACGCCCAUGGGCUUCCAUCCCACAUGAGCUGCAUGAGCGACGUGGAUGCAGAUCCCAGGGACUUGGAGGCAUUCGCUGAGCGCUUUAAACAGCGUCGGAUCAAACUUGGCGUGACCCAAGCGGAUGUAGGGUCAGCGCUGGCCAACCUGAAGAUUCCCGGCGUAGGCUCUUUAAGCCAGAGUACCAUCUGCCGGUUUGAAUCGCUCACGUUGUCCCACAACAACAUGAUCGCCCUGAAGCCCAUCCUGCAAGCUUGGCUGGAGGAGGCUGAAAAGUCGCACCGGGAGAAACUCAACAAACCCGAGCUCUUCAACGGGGCCGAGAAGAAGAGGAAGCGGACCUCCAUCGCGGCCCCCGAGAAAAGGUCCCUCGAAGCUUAUUUCGCUAUUCAGCCGCGUCCGUCCUCAGAGAAAAUCGCAGCAAUCGCAGAGAAGCUGGACCUCAAAAAGAACGUAGUGCGGGUUUGGUUUUGCAACCAGAGGCAGAAACAAAAACGCAUGAAAUACUCGGCCUGCGUCUAGCUCGACCAGAAGACCAACGAGACGUGUCGAGAGACUCCUAAAACUGUUUAGAGACGAUUUGUAAAAUAUUUCUUAUCUCACACCUUUUUCAAUCAUCAAUAACUUGUACAUUGAACCAGAAUUUCAUGACAUUCAAAAGAGACAUUUGAAAAUCACUGUCACGUAUUACGCAAAGGGGAUGUGGAAUCAUUUAAAGGAUCGUUUGACUGAUCAAGUAAGACCAUUCGUUUUUCCUCACUUAUUCUAGCACACUUUCUAUAUCAGAGGAGCAAGACUCUUUAAACCUCAAUCAGACAGCCUGCCUGACGCUGAAUAGCGUAUUUUAGUCGUUUACCAGAAAGUGUUCUGUAUCACAACACCAGAAAUUAUUCUAAACUGAGAGGGGGACAAAUACUUCAGGUCAAAAGGGUGACAGUGUCUUGUCAGUGUUUUUCUUUUGUAAUAUUUCUUUCUCAGCAUGUCACGUUUCAAUCUGGUGUUAAUUCAGGGUUCGUUAGAUAAAAAAAAGAAAACAAAAAGAAAAAGAAAAAGAAAAGAGGACAUCACGAAUUAUGUCCACGAACGAUUCUGCAACAUUAUUAGAUAAUAACCAAACAGCACCUUGUAAAUUAUUGAUUUAGCUGUUACAUGCAUAAUUUUGUCUGUCGUCUUCUUAAUUCCUCUUCUGUGAUUUUAAUAAUGUUAACCCAUAACCUACAAUUAGGCAAUGGGCGAGAAGAACAUCCACA